AUCUCUAAGAGGAGGACUUUAAUGACAGAGGGUGGUUGCUGCAGCCCUGCUUCCUGUGUCUGCCUCCAUUCUACAUCUGGCUUGUUUCACCUGAACUUCAAAUUCAAUCAGCACCAUAAACCCUUGGAUUUCAUUGUUUUGUUUUCCACUACGUUCAGCCAAGAUGAACUAGGAAAAUACAAUCCAUCAUGGGCAGAGCUUGGAAAGGAUUUUUGAAGUCUGGCAUCAUCCUUCUGUUCUUGAGUCCGUUUGUCUACAUAUUUUAUCACAUCGACUUUCUGGAGUUUCAGAAAACACCGACGCCUCCAUUCACGAACAUAAGUGUCUCCAGUGAUCCAGGCUCAAAUCAGAACUCCUGCGCUUUCCGAUGGUUGUCUCCCAAAGAGAUCCAUGAGGAAAACAUCCUUUUAGAUUCCAUAGCUUGGCCAAAUACUCCAUCUGUGCCAGCUCCUGUUUCCCUGGAAGGCACCAGCAAUGCAGCCCGCAGCAAAUGUGUCAUUCUCCCAAGGCCAGGAGGUGGAUCGUGGCUCGUGGGGGAUCAGCUGGAGGUCAUGAUCAAGAUGUUUGACUUUAAGGGUCAUCCAAAGAAUCAUGGAGGUGAUUUCUUCCUGACUCGGCUGCACAACCAGGCUCUUCAAGCAGGUGUGGCAGGUCAAGUGGUGGAUCAUCUCAAUGGGACCUACUCUGCUGUGUUCUUCUUACCCUGGGAAGGAAAGUCAGAGGUUGAGGUAACAUUGGUACAUCCCAGUGAAGCAAUCCCAUUCCUGCAAAGUUUUUCUGGUGAAAGGCCUAAUGGAGUGGACUACUACAGCACUUUUCAAUCAGGCUCACUGACAGACACUACCCUGUGCAAUGUAUGCCUGCCUUCAACCCAGCAGCCACAGUGUAACUACACUGAUCUCAAUACAGGAGAACUUUGGUUCUGCUACAAGCCACAGAAUCUGAGCUGUGAUACCAGGAUAAAACACUUCCACAAAAUCCGAAAACCCAUCAAGGCCGAGGAGGACAUACUCUUUAAAACUGGUGUCACCAUGAAUGUUCGCAUUCCAUCUUCAGGACCUGCUCAUGUCACUGUGUUUCCAAAAAAGAAAGGUCAACUUGCAGCAAGGAGCAACAAGGACAUACCCGGACCUGCUGGUUACUAUUACAAAGGUCUGUGGAGUUCACUGAGUGGCACCACAGUUCAACGAUUCAGUAACGCCUCUGCCAUCAGCCAGUGCCUCAAAAAUAAGGUGGUCCUCAUGUAUGGAGACUCUACAGUCAGGCAGUGGUUAGAAUUCCUCUCUGAAGAACUCACAGAUCUCCAGGUAUAUAACCUGCACACCACAUCUCGCUUUGGACCGUUUGUGGCACUGGACCAUGUCAAUAACAUCUAUGUGACAUUUCGCAGCCAUGGCCUUCCAAUUCGUAUUGGCAUUUCACCAGUUACAGAGCUACAUUAUGUUGCCAAUGAACUAAAUGGAAUAGCUGGAGGGAAGAACACAAUAGUAGUUAUUGGUGUCUGGGCACAUCUUACCUCAUUCCCCAUCAAGGUCUAUAUCCGUCGGAUUAUGAGCAUCCGCAAAGCAGUUGUUCGACUGCUAGCCAGAGCUCCAGAUACGAGAAUUAUUAUCCGAACAGCAAACCUGAAACAUUCUCCAACACCCAUUCUAGCACAGCUCAGUGGUGACUGGCCUUCACUGCAACGUGACAAGAUACUCAGGACUAUGUUUAAAGGAAUGAAUGUUUAUUUCGUUGAUGCCUGGGAGAUGACUUUGGCUCACUACCUGCAGCAUGAUCUCCACCCACAACGUCCAAUCAUUAAGAAUAUGAUUGACGUCGUUUUGUCAUAUAUUUGCCCUUCAAAGUAAAGGUGGCCUGUUGUUUUCUCGAGGAAAAGAAUAAUUGUAAUGAGCAGUCUUAUUAAUUGUGAGAAGAUUUUAUUUCCUUAAAUUUUAUCUGUUGUUUGUAGGAUAAAUUUGAGCUGUAACGCUCCCAACAAAUAAAGGCCCGUCAAUUCAGAUCACGGCAGGGGUGGGAGAUUGGAGCUGAUCAAGUCAUCUCCAUGCCAUGUUUUUGCUCUGACCAUGUAUCACACCAGGUGACUCUAAUCAACCCUGCGCCUCAGCUUGUCUGUGGUACAUGGGAUCCCCCACUCCUGUGCUCUUUGUUGAAAUGAUCGUAUUGCAUUGAGAACCAGCUGAUCAAUUCCAUGGUUGAUAUUUUGGUUUGUUCGAAAAAACCAAGUCAAAUGACUGUUCCAGUCAAACAGAGGAGACAAAAGUGCUCUUUCAGAAGCUCAGCGGCACAGGAUUCUGCUGUUUGGACCACCAGGCUCUGGAAAAUCCAGCUUCAUCAACUGUCGACAGCGCUUGAUGAGGAAAAAUUUAAACUCAAGCUUCAGCAGCCGCCAAUUAUGCUGACAGCGAUUCACUAAGGAAGUGUGGAGAACUUAUAACUUGGAUACUGUUCAUUAUUUACAUAAAGAUACAGAUCAAAACUUAUUCAGGACUUCCUCCAGUAUUUUCUUCAACUUAUAGACAGUACAGCUACUUUUUACUGCAACCAAUUAAUAACAGAGUGUCAAACAGACAAAGUGAUCAGCUGAAAUACUACCUACUGCUAAAAGGAAAUGCUAACAUUGUCAACAUUGUCAUCACUUUUUUUUAACUUGCAAUACAGAUUUUAUAAAAUCCAGAAAGCAAAUGCUGGAUUUUUUUUUUUAAUCCUCUUGUCUUCAACAACACCAUGGGUAUUGAGAAGGGCUCUGGGAGAGGAGUUGAUGUGUUGAACUUUGGUCAGCCGUUAUGGCAGCAGACAAGCCAUUGUUGGCGAAUGUGUGGUGGUUUAUUACUUUUAUCUAGUGCUGGUGAGAUUGUUGGCUUGGAAUAAAACCAUUCACUCACUCAAGCUCUUCAUUCCAUGUGGUACAUCAGACACAAAUGUUUCACCACCCAUCCCUGUACUGAACUUUGGCUUGUGAUCCGUCCCAUGACAGGCUCUUUUCUAUCCCUUGGAAACUUUGGGUAUCCUGUCAUGUAUAAGGGUCUUCAGUUACUGGCAGAUUCAACCGGACCAAACAGUUACAGGGGAGACGAGGACAGAUGGCAGAACAGCAGAAACUGGCUCUCCAGGUUGGGAGAUUGGACAUGAGGCCAUGUUGGAGCAAGGAAU